AUGCUUUCCACAAAACAUAUAACCGACACUAAAACAGUUCAAGUUCGUGGGCCUGGGGGAUACAAAGAUAAAGUGAAGCCUGUCGUUGUUCAGGAUUAUAAUGACAACAUGGCUGGUGUUGAUAAGUCUGACCAGAUGUUGUCUUACUACAGUUUUGAGAGAAAAACCAAAAAAUGGUGGAAGAAACUUUUUUUCCAUCUUUUUAAUCUCACUGUUGUGAACUCUCACAAACUUUAUACUAUGGCGGCUCAAACAAACGACGAUUUGAAGAGACUGAAUCUUCUAGAAUAUGUUGAGGAAAUAGUCAAUGAGCUCACUUGUGAAGCUCAUUCUGUAACAACAAGCCAAAGCCAUCAAGUUGCGUCACACAUCAGGCUAUCCGGGCGCCACUUUCCAAAAUUGAAUGCUGCUAGUGCUGGAAGACAACAUGUUCAAAGAAGUUGCCAUGUUUGUAGUAAGAAAGAUAGAUCGAAGAGAAAAGAAGAGGGAGCUGGUCCCAGCACUAAAAACAGGAAUUGGACUCAAUAUCAUUGCCCCAUCUGCAUCGUGUUCUUACAUGUCGAUCCGUGCUUCGAAUUGUACCACACAGUGGUGGAAUACGACAAAUAG